AUGUUCUUUAUUUCAGCACUACAUUUUUUUAGAAAAAGUUAUACCUACAUUGAUUCCGCAACUCUUGUUCGACUGCAGAUAUUUGAUUCUUCCAUUCAGGAUCCAGUGUCGAAUGGUGGAAAUGCGAAAGCUGCUCAGUGCACCUCAGAUGUUACCCUCUUUGGUUAUUUAAACAGUUGUUCCUCGUCGCUUGGAAGCCGUCGCUUAGCAAAAUGGCUGCGUCUUCCCUUGCGCGACCAUGAAGAACUUCAGCGCCGUCUGCAGGCUGUGGAGUUUCUGUCUACGUCUGCAAACCGGAGUCUCCAUGGGUCGCUAGUUCGUUCUAUCAAACGGGUUUCUAACAUUCAGCGCGUGUUAUCCAAAAUGCACACCUCUGGCGCAUCCCCAAACGAAUGGAAAAUGCUCCUUCAAACAAUGCACUCAGUAAAUGAGAUCGUAGACGCUUGCCGUCCCCAUCCAGAGUUAAAUGCAUCCUUCGGGAGCAUGGAAGGUGUAGAUUCUCCCAGACAGGUGCUCGUUACCCUCUUGGAAAAGAUCGUUGACACAAUCGACAUCUCUUCCACGUCCUCCCACAAAAGAUUUAUUGUCAAACAAGGGUAUCAAUCAUGGCUUGAUGAGUGGAAACAAAUUUACAGAUGUCUUCCCGAUAUUUUGAGUCGACUUGCGGAACACGAAUUGAAUCGGCUGCGAGGCUAUGUCGAUGCCUGUGGUCUGAUCUACUUUCCUUUGGUCGGCUACUUAUUACAAAUUCCAUCUUCUCAAGCCUCCGAAGAACUGCACCAACUCGGUUUACAAUAUAUUUUCACUAAUGGUGACCUGACUUACUACCGUACAGAAACCACUCAAGAAUUAGAUAGGCGUUAUGGCGACGUCAUGUACGCUAUUCUGGACGCUGAGACGUCAAUCAUGCAUGAAUUACAGGAGGAAAUUUUGAAAUCGGCGAAGCCGCUCCUGCAGUUACUUGACUAUGUUACUGAACUGGAUUGCCUUUGUGCGCUGGCGACAGCAGCCUCAAAGAUGAAUGGCGUCAGACCCAGAAUUGUGCCGGGUAACUCAAUAAGGAUCAAAAGGGGUAGACACAUCCUUUACGAGGCACUUCACCCCAACUACAGAACUAACUCAUUUGCCUCGCCCGGUGAGAAUGGGAGCGUAACACUGAUCACGGGACCGAAUGCGAGCGGAAAGACCAUGUACAUAAAACAGAUUGGCUUGAUAGUCUUUCUCGCUCACAUCGGAAGCUUCGUUCCGGCCCACUCUGCGUCCAUCUCACAAUUAGACACAAUUCUUGCACUCAUACCAGCAGACUUGGGACGGAACGAGCUGGAGCCCCUGUCCGACGCAAGUUGGCUCGCGAUGGCUCUCCGUCACACUACUCCCAAAUCCCUACUGCUGUUGGACGAAUUCCCAUACUUUGCCGACAAGACCGCGCGAAAGUCGCUUUUCCUGGGGCUUUUGGAUUACAUGAGUAGAAAAGAAUCGCCCCAUAUCGUCAUGACUGGACUGAACAUGGACUGGGCAAGGACACUACUGGAACCAAUGACAAGUAGGAUAAACCUUAAGGUAACCACUCCUAUACCCGAACUGUCAGAAAUUACGAGUCUCUAG